AUACACGUCAUUGUCAUUUAUAAACAUAUUUUUACAUUAACCCCACAAAUUCAUCUGCCCCAGUUUUAAACAUGGAUUCCUUAAUGAGCCUGGACUUAACUCCAUCCACGAAAGAACUCGUGUCAAAAAUGGUAGACGGCGAAGAAGAAGAAGAGGAAGCAUUAUCUUCACCGCCCCCCGUUUAUCCGCAACGAGACCUGGUGCCGCUGAGAUUUCAAACUCCCAAACGCAAGUCGCUCUCCGAGCUACAUCUGAAAUCGUUCAAGGAAAAAUGUCUCUUCCACCAGAGCAUCAACUGCUGCUGCGCCCCGCAAGCCGAUCCGUCAAUCAUGAUCACCGGCUUCGGUUUGCGAAACGUCGACUCGGUACAGAGGGCCAUUCACGCACACGAAUUGGAAAAACAGGCCAGCAUGCCCGAAACGGUUGACGAAAUCGAGGAGGAGAAAACGUCGAAAUCCACCUCGCAAACGACCAGCUUCAAAUCGGAGACCGAAACGACCCAGACCGAGUCGCCGGCAGUUUCGAUCAUGAGCGUGGACAAGAAGUUGGAAUAUCUGUUGGGGAUCGAAACGCCGUUAGCGGAAGAACAUGCCCCAUUUAUUGCGCCCGAAAUUCAGGAAGAGAUGUCCAUCUACAUCAAGGAUGGGGCGGAAGGUAUGAGGCUGGCGCAAAGGUACUUGAGGACGCACAAGAUCUUCCAGUUCUUCAAGUUUCUGAUCUCGCUUUUGUUGAGUGAGAUGCCGGAAAACCCAAUAGAUUUUUUGCUGCAACUUUUAGACAAGUUGUUGCUGUACAGGUCUGGCAUAAGCAACCCCGUGGUACUUUUUGAGAAAAAACACAUUGAAGCACUGUUCAAUUUGAUGGAUAGGAUGAGGACUGGAUCUAUCGAUUUGCAACAGUAUAACAUAGGCAUGCAAACUUUGGGUAUUUGCAUAUACAACAAAAACCCUCCAAUGUCGGAAGAUUGCACGGUACCAAAGGAGUUCUUCAUCAACGAGGCUUAUGAGUGCCAAAUUGAUAUUUUAAACGAUCUCAUUUACGUGCACGACAAAUCUCACAAAGAUUACAAGCCUCCAUUGAUGUUAAAGACUCCACCUCCAUCACUACAAGGACAGAGUUACACAGAUUUCGGGGUUCCAACAGUUGUUAAUCCCAGCUUUUAUCAUUUCUUAAUCAAAACGAAGCCACAAGAAGUUGAAUCUUUGGGCACCCAAGGAUAAUGACAUGUAUUAAAUAUAUGCACACGUGCACUUGUAUAAUAAAAAGACUGAAUGUUUUUAA